UCCCAAGCCGGGCCAGCCAAAUUCCCACAUUCUUAUCAGAUUACUGCUUCUUGCUUCUAAGUCCCCCUUCUGGAUAAGCAGUGAUGACAUCAUGUACACUAAUCUUCCUUUGUACCACAGCGGCGCCCUCGCCAUAGGCUUCUCCAAUAUUGUCAAAGCAGGUACUUGGUGCGGCCGCUGCGAUGGUAGCGGGCAUUCCCGUAGCAGUUGCUGGGUUCCUGCGCCUGAAGUACGGUCCGACGGUCUUUCUAGACCUGCUGGAUAUUCGCAGGGGUCUAAAUCUUUUGACAGAAAUUGAAGCCUUGCUAAAGAGUAACUUCAAAGUCAUUGACUUCUUUGAGGCACACGUGAAACAAACCCCAGAUAAAGUGUUCAUCCUGUACAAAGAUGAGGUACUCACCUACGGUGAACUGGACAGACAGGCUAACCAACUCGCCCACUUUGUCCAGCGAAGCGAGGUGGCAGCUUGUAUGGACACGGUGGCGAUAUUCAUGCAGAACGAGCCCACUUUCGUCGUGUCGUGGCUGGCUUUCAACAAGCUAGGGCUGAGAAUCGCGCUGUUAAACUACAACCUGAAAGGUGAUUCCCUCCUUCAUUGCAUCAAAGCCUGCAGCGUGAAGAUGAUUGCGUGUGGAAAGGAUGACCGUCUCUUGAAAGCCCAAGAUGACCUGAUGCCCAAGCUCCAAGCCCUCGGUGUUAAGGUCUGGGUUGUCGGGAAGGAUCUUGAUCAGGAUCUUCCCUUGGGAAUGAUUCCAGUUGAUGUGAAGACGUUGAAUGAGAGCAGUGAUCCUUUACCAAGGAGUGUGCGAGACCAGCAGUCGGUCCUGGACGAUGCACUCUACAUCUUCACUUCGGGAACCACCGGUCUACCCAAGCCAGCCAAAUUUCCCCAUACUCGUCAAUUAGGUGGUUCCUACGCUCAAGCCCAACUUGGAAUGAACAGCCAGGAUGUGCUGUACACCACUCUACCGUUGUAUCAUAGCGCUGCACUUGUUGUCGGCCUCUUUAAUGUUGUGCGAGUCGGGGGAACCAUUGUCUUGAGUGACUUCUCAGCUCGGAGAUUCUGGGAUGAUGUCCGCAGAUACCGUGCCACAGUCAUCCAUUACAUCGGGGAGAUUUGCCGUUACCUACUGACGCAGCCACCGCGUUCUGAUGAUGGCAAGUACCCUCACAAAAUCCACUAUGCUAUUGGCAACGGCCUACGGGCCGAUACUUGGGCGGAGUUUCAAAAGCGAUUCAACAUCGGCCGCAUCGUUGAAUCCUACGGAGCCACCGAAACGCCGUUCGGUUUGACGAACAAUGGCGGCAAAAUAGGGAGUGUCGGAAGAUAUCAUGGCAUUUACAGGGCAUUAACUGACAUCGUAGUCCUUGUUCAGUGUGACCUAGAGACAGCUCAACCACUUCGUGGUCCAGGCGGGAAAUGUAUCCUCACGCCUCCAGGCGAGACUGGACUGAUGCUAUUUCGACUCAAGGACGAGGACUCCUUCCACGGCUACCUGGCCCCGGAGAGUGCGCAUGAAAAGAAACUUGUCAGAAAUGUCAAGAAAAGUGGCGACCUAUUCUUCAACUCUGGAGAUUUGAUGGUCCACGACAAAGAUGGUUACCUUUAUUUCAAGGACAGACUUGGAGACACUUUCAGAUGGAAAGGUGAGAAUGUUGCGACAACAGAGGUAUCUCAAAUCUUGAACCAAUACCCGGGCAUACAGGAAAGCAACGUGUAUGGCGUGGAGGUCCCAGGUUGCGACGGAAAGGCAGGUAUGGGGGCAGUCGUCUUCAAGAAGGACUAUCAUUUUGACCCAAAGGCCUUCUACGAUCACGUGGUCAGGUCAUUGCCGCUCUACGCAUGUCCAAAGUUUCUGCGAAUCGUAGGAGAGAUGGACAUCACAGGUACAUUCAAACACAAGAAGACUGACCUCGCCCGUGAGGGAUUUGACCCCAAUGUCAUAUCUGACCCUCUCUUCUUCAUGGAUGAGGAGAAGAAGACUUACGCACCCUUGGACAACGAGGCCAUGCAAAGAAUCGUUCUUGGGAAUGCCAGACUAUAAACAAUGAAGAGAUAGGUAAAUGCUAACAGAGAAAACAACUAAAAUCGUGUAACCUGUCAUGCUUCAUCAGAUAAAAAUCUACCAAACACGGACAUCAAAUUGGUCCUUAGGCCUAACUUGGCAAUGUUCUAAAAAUGGUGCCUAAUUUAUCUCAUACCACUACAAAUUUUGGCCUUGCAUAUGGCUCAUAUUUUGCAGAUUCAUAAAUUCAAAUAAGAAAAGGGCUUCAAUCUAUGAGGGCUAGUUCAAAUGAGAACAAUCAUUUUAAGGCCACCACUACUGUCUGUCGCAUGGUCUCACUAAUACUUUAUUUUAAUCACUGGCAGAGUAUUUUUUUAUAGUAAUAAGUAAUAGUUGCCCACCCUUGGCUGCAGUGGCGUAUCCAGCGGGGGCGGGGUGGGAACUUGCAGGCCCCCCAAACGGAUUUUUAUAUUUAGAGUACUUCAUAGGUGAGUUGGAAAGAAAGUAAUCGGUAUAUUUAUUUGUCAAAUAUUAGCAAACCCUUAGGAAAACAACACCAAGAAAUAAAAGCAAGGAUGUGAGGACCGUGAGUAAGGCUUGUGAUAUUUUCCUCCCCCAACAUUCAUCAUCAACUUGAAUGAGCCCGACGUAGCAUUCGCUUUCAAUGCUAUCCCACCCCUGACACCAAAAGCUGGAUACGCUGCUUCUUGGCUGGUACAGCACUGAGUGUAGUAAGUUCAUCAAAAUGUAAAGUACAUGUAGUUUAUUAAAGUUUGUUUUUAAUAUGUCGGUUCUAACACACUACAGAAAAAAAUGAUCUCAAUUGACCGGCACCUCGCCUUAACUCAUUUCACCCGAAUUCUGGUGAGUCCUUGCAAAUUAGUUAAAGAAUUCAUUUGACUGUGAGUUAUGAUAUUGAAUCGCAUGUCUGUUAAUUGCUGAGAGAUGACAUGACAGAUCUGUGUUAUAGUGUACAAUCUCCUUUACAAGAUAUAUAUUGACAAAUGCACUUCGUUCCACUGAUAUCCAAAGCAAGAAUGAAAAUCCGCUUGGUGAAACAGUCUGGCAUUCAGAAGUACAGCGAGUGUCUGGCAAGUAUUGUGAAACGACUCACAUGACAAAAUGCACCAACACUGUCUUAAAAAAAUCAAAACAUAGAGACCAAAAGACGACACCAACGACGAUCUUGAGCUCACCGAAAAAAAACAAAGAAACGAAUCAAGAAUCGACGACUAAAAACCUAAAAGGUUAAACAAAUACCAGAGAAUGGAAAGCUGCAAAAACCCACGUCUACGCCUGGAAAGGAAUUCAGUAGAGAUGUAUAAUGCAACUAAAACCAAAACGGGGCUAUCAAUCCAUGCUUCCCACCAAGGAAGGGAAUUGCAGAACACUUCGAUUCUCUGCUGGAAACUAUCAUUUUACUUACUAGCACUUAGCCUAGCUGUGUAUUUUGACAUGUGCGUGCCAGAGGCAUAUCCAAGCUUUGGAAGGGGGGGGAUGAUUUAUUUCCAAAAAUCAGCAUUCCAUUUCUUCACCAUAAAAGAUCCCCUUGAAAGGCGGUAGUACUCGAUUCUUAA